UUAGUGCAGUAACACCCAGGAAUGGAAAAGAGCCUUGAGUGCAAAAGGGAGACGCCGGCCACGACGUCCCCUCACUCCUCCCACCCCCUCGGGAGUGUCAGAAUAAAACCUUUCCGCCGGUGGCCCUGAGCGACGUCGUCACACGUGCAUGAGGUCACAAGCAGUCGGUAGCGCAGAGGGACAGGCCGAGGGUGAGGCGAGUUCUGAGUGAAAGAAGCCAAGGAGAGAUUAAAACCGGCAGUGUUCUGCAUUUUCCUGUCACAGAGGAUUUUAUAAGCCUUCUUCUCACCCGACAUGGCUGCUGCCCGUUGUCUCUACUGCUCGGAUUUUCUCCAGAGAGAGUUCCUCACCUGUUUUCUUAAAAACCCACACUAUGGCAGCCUCAUUAAUGCAGAUGGCCAUGCUGAAGUGUGGACAGAUUGGAAUGAUAUGUCCAAGUUUUUCCAGUAUGGAUGGAGAUGCACCACUAAUGAGAAUGCCUAUUCAAACCAUACCCUGAUGGGCAACUGGAACCAGGAAAGAUAUGACCUAAAGAAUAUUAUGCAGCCCAAACCUUUACCUUCCCAGUUUGGACACUACUUUGAAACAACAUACGAUAUAAGCUACAACAACAAAAUGCCACUUUCAAACCAUAGAUUUAAGCGAGAGCCUCACUGGUUCCCAGGACAUCAACCUGAGCUGGAUCCUCCUCGAUAUAAAUGCACAGAAAAGUCAACUUAUACAAGUAGCUAUUCAAAACCUUAAAUUGGACAUCACUCUGUCUGUGCAUAAUCAUAAUAACUGCCCAUUUCAGGGUAUAAGAUUCUAAGAAAGAAUAAGAAGCUUCAUUUUUCCAGAAUAGAACAUAGGAGAGAGCACAUUCUAAGCACAACUAAGAGUUUAGCAGACUAUAGCACAGUUUGACUCUCUGAAUAAAUAAAGCA